CGGCCAUGGAGUGGGGGACCGGGGUUAGCGGCGGCGGCGGGGGAUGGAGUCGCCCUCGGGCUGCACCAUCGCCCAGAAGGGGAGUCAGGGGCAGCACAGGCCCCCAAGCUGCAGCAACCUCAAAGUGCGACGACACCAAAGCGCACAGCCGCGGCGCGAACUGCGCGCUCUCUCCAGACUCGCCGCCAGCCAGCGGCGGCAGCAACCGGAACCGGAACUCGGCGCGGCCACCACCACUAAGCCCGGCAGGGAGGGGGAGCAAAGACCGGACGAGACUCUACGCCAGAAAACAGGCGGCAGGCGAGGGGCGAGGCUUACCACGGCACCACGCGAGUGGAGAGGGUCGUUUCCGCUAGCGGCGGCCCACACCAGCUCACCGAGGGGCGGCGGAGCGCGGCCCUGCUGCCGGACCGUACCAUCCCGGCCAGUGGAGCCACCGCGGAGGGGCGCGCGCGAGCCGAGGCCGCGCCCGGGAGGUCCAGGUAGCCCGGGGGCCGGCGUUGUGGCGCCGGAGAGUCCCGGCUCCUGCCUGGACGCACCCGGAGCCAGCCCGCCCCCCGGACACAACAUCCUCAUGGGGACGGUGGCGCGACACGCCCCACUCUGCCGCGCCCAAACUCCGCAGACCCCCAGCUUCCCUCGGCGGCCGCGACCUCCCGCCUCACCGUGUGCCGCUAAGGGCCCGCGGCGUACACAAUAGGUUUCCCAGGAUUAAGAGGCAGAGGUAGAAGAAAUAACGGACUUUAAUGAAGAGUUUUCUCUUUGGUAUAAGUGAGACCCGUGGAAACAUCCAAACAGCAAAAGGAGUCCAGGAUGAAAAUGGUCAACUGUCCCUUAUCCAUAAGGCCAAAAGAGGGGGGCGGCUUGCUGUGGUGUGGCCACCCCGGGCCUACGCUGGGCCGGGCCUGUAGAAGGUACUCAGGAACUGCAGGUUUUGCAUUUCCCAUCCAUGAAACUGACAGGCAUUCGAGCUGACUUCUGCCUCUCAGUCUCGCGGUAAGAGACCCAAGUUUUUCUAGUCCUAGAUGGAAAUAAAUUUCAUCUGCCUCAGGUCUCUGGUAUAAAAGGUGCGAUCCCAGUUACCUCACAGGCCUGGGCGAGGAAAAUGCCAAGAGCUGUAAAAGGGCUUGGAAAAGUCAAAAAGGUGAUGUAUAAAUGUAAUAAUUGAUUACCAUUUUGUGCUCGAGAAUAAGCCAUGGAAAA